AAAGAAAAGGUUCUUCUUCUCUUAGUCCUUCCAUUCUUUGCUCUUUUCUAAGAGAGGGAAAGCAGAUUUUUUUCCGCUUCUUCGCAAAACGCGCGACUUUCUUGCAGACAAAAGCCGUCGGAUCUUUUUUGCGGCCGCGCUUUUCUCUUGUGUUGAGAAGAGCCUCUUCAAAGUGUCAAGAGUUUGCGGAUUCUGUGGAACGUCUGAUCUUCUGAUUUUCCUUCGAACGCGACGGACCUCUCUUUCUUCCUUCUCCAGUGAGACACACAGCGCCUUUGGAGGGGUGGGCUGGCAACACAGUUUUUCUCGUCUUCUCCGUUUCUCCUUCCCCCUCUCGUUCCUUCCUGUUUUUCGUUACUUUACUCCCAUUUCGUUCAUUUCUCUCGCGGCGCGAUUCUUCUUCCCCUGAAGGUGGAGUGCGAGAGCGUCACUUGCGCCCUCGCUCCCUCCUGACAGGGGAGCACGCGUUGUCAGCGGCAGUCAGGCCUUUUUCUCGCUGUUUUUCCUGCUCUUCUUCUUGUCUCCUUUAUUUUUCUCCCUGCCUCUGCUCUCUUUGUUCCUCUUCUUUUCCUCACGGGUGUUGCAUCCCCUCUCGGCACUCUUGUUGCGUCCUUUAUCUGUUGGCCUGCCUCAUCUCCGCUCUGUGCUCCUUCUACUCAAAUUAUCGUCUCUGCUUUCUCUCCCAGACGCACAGAAAUAGAGUCGCGUGAAGUCUUUGUGGCGGCGGAUCUGUGUCGCGUUUUCUACUCUUCACCUUUCCUUCCACGCUGCCUGGCCUCUCUUCCGGCAGCAGCCUGACCCCAGGUACCUGUGGGUGCCUUUUCUCUCUUUUCUCUUCUUCCUUCUUUCCUUGCCUUUUCGUUCUCCUGUCCUUUCGCUUUCCCUCUCUCCUUCCUGCUUUUCCAAAGAUGCAACGAGCGUGUGAGAUGGUCGUUUCGCUCUUGCGCGUGGACGCCCUCUCGCAGCGCUGUCCGUUCCACGUGCUCAACGUCCAGAUUCUCGACCUCCUGCAGAGAGAGGGCCUCAUUCGUGGUUUCAAAGUCGAUGGCACCAAGAUCGACAUCCUCCUCAAACACUACAAGGGGGCACCCGUGAUUCGAAACAUUCGCGUGGUGUCUAAACCCAGCAGAGACAUUUGGCUGACUCCACAUGAGUUGAAAUUUCGCACGCGUUUCAACACCGGCCUCUGGAUCAUGCAGACUUCGUGUGGAGUCAUUUCUCAUCGAGACUGCCUUCGAAUGGGAAUUGGUGGAAAGAUGCUCAUGGCCAUCAACAACGGAUACCAACAUUUUUGUUGAAGAAACGCCAUACCGUUCAGCCCUGACGAAGUUAGAAGAGUGUGGGGAAUGAUGCAGAAAACAUGGCGAACUGCGCGCAGGGAGGAAACUGUUUCCGCUUCUGUCGAGACUCGGUUUCCGAGGACUUUCGUGUGUACAGAGAAAGCGUUUUUGCGUGCGGAAGCCGCUUGGCUGACCUGGCUAAAUAGUCUUUUCUUG